AUGGCAUCAGAAGUGAAACAACCGUACUCGAUAGCGAACUUACCCCCGCUCAUAAUUGGCGGCGCAGUAUUCAACCACCAGUACUCAUCCGAUCCACACUCGCUCCCCGUUGAAUCAGUACUAGCCCGCGCCUUCAAGUUGGGGUUCAACGCAAUCGAUACGUCGCCCUACUACGGUCCCUCUGAAGAGAUCCUAGGUGCAGCACUCAGCAAGCUCCCAUUCCCGCGUGAUUCCUAUUACAUCUGCACCAAAGCGGGUCGCGUUAAACUCGACGAAUUUGAUUAUUCAAGAAGCAACGUCCGUGCUUCUGUGCUACGGUCACUCCAAAGACUAGGCACCACCUACUUGGACUUGGUCUAUAUGCACGACAUCGAGUUCCAAGCGGAAGAGCAAAUCUUGAGCGCGUUGGACGAGUUGAAGCUGAUGAAAUCGGAGGGGUUGAUUCGCAAUUAUGGAGUCUCGGGGUAUCCCGUGGCGUUCUUGUUUGAUAUUGCCUUGAAGUGGAGACUGCGCUCGGGGGAGCCCUUGGAUGCCGUGUUGUCGUAUUGCCAUGGGUGUAUUCAAAACGUGACGUUGUUGGAGUGUUUCGAUAGGUUUAAGAAGGAGGCGGGUGUCGCUGCUGUGAUGAAUGGGUCGAUUCUUUCAAUGUCGAUGUUGCGGUCGGUCAAGCCGCAUGCAUUCCAUCCUGCUGGCGCGCAGCUCAAGCUGCGUGUGUUGGAGCUUGCUACGCAGAUGAAGGAGGAGGACAACGUAGAGUUGGCUGAGUUGGCUACGAAAUUUGCCAUUUAUGAGUGGAUUGUCACUUUGAAGUCGAGCCUCGUUUUGGGGGUGUCGAACUUGCAAGAGUUGGACGUUGCUGUGCUGGCGUACAACGAGGUCAGGGCUAAUGGGUUGAGUGACAGAGACCGGGCGUUGAUUGAGAGGUUUCAGAGUGGAUUGGGCGAUCAUUUUAACGAGACCUGGGCCAGUGGGUUUCACUAA